AAAACGCCAAAGAAAUAAUUCAUAGUUUAAAAUACGAUAAUGUCGACCAAGAACAAUUUUUAAAAAUGUGGCAGUCAUGCGCAAAUUACCGAAUACGUCAAAUUUUUGAUGAGCACGAUAACCUUAAGGAUAUAUUUAAAACCUGGCCACAGUAUAAAGAGGGUCUUGGAGUAAAGUUGAUUAACAUGGACUUCGGAGUGCUGCAUAAAGACUACACACCAAUAUUCGAAUGGGAAACUAAACUUAUUACGGUGUAUAAUGUGAUUAAGAAGGAAAAAUACAUUAAAGAUGCUGGAAUUAAAUCAGUUUUCGAUAGAAUUGAUCCAUCAGACGCAGCUUCAAACAUGUCUUUAUUUAUGAUGCGCUUGACUUGGUGUCUACACGGCUACUUAUAUCCAACAUCAAAAUACCUCCGUAAAGAUAAAGAUGGAAAGAAAACGUAUGGGAAAUACACCAUAAAAGACUCCCAAGAAUCGUCAAUAUUCCUCGCACGAAGUAUCCAAGAAGUAGACAACCACUUAAAUUUCUUAGAAAAGAGAAAUGAGAAUAUUCAACCUUUUAUUUUUGUUGUUGGAGAUGACAAUUUAGAAGAUAAUGACUACAAUUUCUAUGUUUAUUUAGACCAUGCAUUGCUACAUUUUGUAGAUUUCCAGCGAGCACUAGAUACUUGCUUCAAAAGCUUUUUCUUAUUUAAUUUAGAAUUUCCCGGAGCAUCCAAUCAGUUCUGGAUCUUUGUUCAAGAGUACUUCUAUGACAUGAAAUCAGCUCACACAAAAAAUUUUUCAAAAAUACUAAAUAUUUUAAGCGAUUUAAAUUAUACCGAGAACUGAUUUAUAUAUAAAUUAUCUACAUUUAAUAUUUAAUUUUGUAUUUGAAUAUAAUUCAAACGCUUAUGUACAUUUUUAAAUUUUAUCACAUUUAUUUAUUAAUUCAUUAUUCUAAGGAAAUAUUGAAAUCUAUAUUCAUUGUAAA